GGCUGGCGGACCCCCCCAUUCCCACAGCGCGGAUUUUGUGGCUGCGGGUUUGUCUGUGGCGCCACGUAUGACGCUUCCCUUAGGCCACAUGCACACUGUGCGGAUUUUCGUGCGGGAGCUCCACAGGGCGAUACAGUGUUAGUUACGUGAACGCCGUAACGAAAGAAGACAUCAAAAUUGCCAAUUCGCCGCUUCUCUUCCCCCAAUAAAUUGAAAAAAAAGGGAUAAAAAAAGUCAUGCACACUGGAAAAGGGUACAGCUGAAAACGACAGAUCAGCCCGCUAAAAUUGAGCACCAGCACAGCUCCAUAGACCUAAAUAUGAAAAGUUAUCAGGUGUCCAGAUGUCCAAACCGGAUGUAUUAUUAAUAAUGGAAACUGUGGAAGAGCCGUUUGGUCAGGAGAACAAUCAGGCUCGGGCCAGUCGAGUGGAAAUUUCAGAGUGUUGGAGCAGUGGAACCACCGAAGAGCCCAGAUCCUUUGCUCCACUGGUUGGAAAGCUGCCUGAAGACCAGUCCACUUCCCAAAAUUCCCAGGGCACCCUUAUUGUCAGUGAGAUCGAAAAUACCGACAACAGUUGGAGAGAGAAAAAUGUCCACCCCAUGAUGCCAACUGAAGCAGUGUGCCAGUCAGGCAGCGGCACGGUGGAAUAUAGUUAUACAGCAGGACAAAGCUCACCAUCAACAUUACCUCUCAUGGAGAAGGGAAGACACAUAGAAGAUGAAAUAGUGGAUCGUGGCACUGGUGGCACCAAAAUAGCCGGAACUGCUGAAGACACCUCAGCACAACCAGCAUUGCACGGGGUCACUCCAAUGCCAAGCAACUUCGGCAAGCUUGAGAAGGAUAAUAUAGUGAUAUGUAGACCACAUGGGUGGUCCAACGUCGGACAUCAGCCUAAGACUAUCGAGACAAACAGAAGAAAAGAUUCUAGCGCUACGGAACAGUCAAACCAGAGGUUCUGGGGUCUGUUUCAGUGCUCAUUCUGUAAUUUUGUCUUUCAAGAUCUGUCUGAACUUCUGCAGCAUCAAGAGACCCACAACCAAGAUAAAUUCCAGGAUAUUGGGAAUGAACAGACACGUUCCGAACAACCACCACAGCAUCAGUCGUCGACUCAAGUCUUGGAAUGGAGACGAUACCGAUGUAUAGUGUGCGAUAAGACCUUCUGUAAGCAGUCUUCAUUGGUAACACAUCUGCGUAUACACACUGGGGAAAAACCGUUCUCCUGUCACGUGUGUAAGAGAAAAUUUAACCAGCGAACAAGUCUUACUGUCCACCUACGAACUCAUACUGGAGAAGCACCAUUCCCAUGCAACAAAUGCAACCGGAGCUUCCGACAACAGUCUAACCUUACCCAUCAUAUGAAGAGUCAUCAACGAGCAGAGGAACUUGAAGGGGCGGAAUGGAGUGAAGAGAACACAGCCCCCAGCAUUCCUUUUAUGUAUCUGAUAUCGGAAGGGGAUGAAUCCAGCAGCGAAGUUUGGGGCAGCAAAGUCCCAUUUGUUAAAGGUGACAAGGCAGAAGAUCCAGAAUCCUGUAAAAGACCCUAUGUCUGUGGUCACUGUUUUAAGCGAUUCACUCAUCAAUCCAACCUCAUGGUUCAUCAGCGCAUUCACACUGGGGAUCGAUCAUAUCGCUGCCAAGAAUGUGGCAAGCAUUUCACCAGGAGGACCAGCCUCAUGGUUCACUUACGGGGUCACACUGGAGAAAUGCCAUACUCUUGCCUUCAGUGUGGAAAGAGUUUUCGACAACAGUCCAAUCUUCUCUAUCACAUGAAAAGCCAUUCUUUGCCAGCUGAACCAAAAGCCAACAUGAGCAUGGAAAAUGAGCAGGCCACCAAGAUGUCUGGGCAACUAAUUGGACCUUCUGGUCAGUACGUUGAGCGAGAGAACUCACAGAUGAUAAAUGUAAGCGGUGGACGCAUUGAAGAAAGCCAGGUUAGGGCUUACCAAUGCACCCAAUGUUCCAAAUGGUUCCCCAGCUCUCAUAGCCUCCUCUUGCAUCAAAAACUUCACGUAGAGCAGUCCAAUGCCAUUAUGCACUGUAGAGAAAUUCAGGUCUCGUACCCCAUCAAUAGAGGCCUUCCACAUCCAUAUCCUGAGAACAUGCUGUCUCCCCGGCAGGAACAUGACUGUUAUCCUACCCAACAUUUCAAGCUACCUUCACGUUCAGAAGGCAACAACAUCUCUGGGAUGCUGAAUAACCUUGAGUCUAACCUUAUUCCCCAACAGGCGCACAGCAUUUCCUAUCAAAGAGUUGGAAGUCAGUCGGGAGAGGGAGGACCUCCGAAGGGUCCUUUCCAUGUUCUAGGAAGAGGAAGACCAAGAAAAAUUCAUUGGUUAGGUCAAGGAUCAGCAGGGACUUCCAUGGUAGGGAAAACUGUACAUAAGUGUUGGAAAUGUCCAAGGCACUUCAACAAUAAGUCAAACCUCAUUGUCCACUUGCGUAUUCACACUGGGGAGAAGCCUUUCCAAUGUUGGCUUUGUGAGAAGAGAUUUAGACAGCAGUCAAAUUUGAUCCAACAUCUCAAGAAUCAUGAAGAUGUUCUUGGGGAUGAACUCAUCACUCGUCCACGGAAGCAUGCAAGUAAAGAACAUCAAAAUGGCAAAAACAUUCAGACUAUAGGAAUGACUCUGUCCCCGAACACUGUCCAGGUCCGGUCAGGUUUUAUUCCAUUUGAUGGAACCCAGAUGCAUCACAAUGGGCAGCUGUAUCAGGGGCCUCAGACUAUCCAUCUAGCUGAUAUUGCCUCCAGUAGCGAGUGUGUUACAGACAACUCAGAAGCCAACAGCACCCAGUCGUCAUCAGAAAAUACAUACAAGUGCGGCAGCUGCUUUAAGACAUUUACUCAUAAAUCCAACCUCUUGGUCCAUGAACGUAUUCACUCAGGAGAUAAGACCUAUCGAUGCCUUGAGUGUGGUAAGCAGUUCAGCCAGCGCACCAGUCUGAUGGUGCACCUAAGGACACAUACCGGUGAAAUGCCAUAUUCUUGUUUGCAGUGUAGAAGACGUUUCCGACAGCAGUCCAACUUACUUUAUCAUAUAAAGACAAACACAGUGCAAGGGCAGCUAAACUGUACUGCAGAGAACAUGCCAAACUCGCCAUUGCUUAAUAGGUUAGACCAAGGGAUUGAACCUAGCAUGAGCUCUGAUGUGGAAGCUUCACCGGGGCAAGCCCAUCCUUGGGGCCACCUGGAAACUAACUCUAAGACUGAAACCACAUCAGCUUUGGCACACGAUGGAGCAAAAGGAGAAUUCCACUGUCCUGCCUGUGAUAAAAUAUUUACUCACCAAUCCAACUUGUUAGUCCACCAACGAAUCCAUUCUGGUGAGCGGACAUACCACUGCCACGAGUGUAACCGCCAGUUCAGCCAACGCACCAGUCUGAUGAUCCACUUGCGCACUCAUACUGGAGAGAUGCCGUACUCAUGCCAGUGCUGUGGCAAACGUUUUCGCCAGCAGUCAAACCUGUUGUAUCAUUUGAAGAGUCACAUUGGGCAGGGGAUAACCAUAGACGCUAGCCAAAGCGCAGAGUACGCAGCACCCAGAUCCAGAGGCCGUCCUCGGAAAUCAGAGUCAGGCAGUGAUGUGAAGGAAAAGAGAAUAAUCCCUCGAGGCAAGCGUACCUACAAGUGCACAGAGUGCCCGAGGCGUUAUAACCUCAUGUCUAAUCUAGUGGCCCACCAGAAGUCUCAUGACCUUCAACCCCUGUACAGUUGCUUAGAGUGCGGAGACAGCUUCCUUCACCAAGGAUAUCUUGCAGUUCACAAGAAGCAGCACUCCAAGGUAACCUCUCCUCACCAUGGCGUACAGUUCUGUUGGAGACCAAACCAAGAGUUGAUGGACACCAGAAAUACCGGGACAGAAGAAGAAAGGAAUGCUGUGUACACACCGCAUGAAAAAUAAUCACUUUCAUGUGUCCUGCUCAGUGGAGUUAGGUAAAAUAGUGGUAAUGAUUAAGGCCUCACUAAGUAUGGAACUUCAUAUCUGUGCGUUUCAGGUAGUACCUGAGAUUUGAGACUGGCUAUACUUUGCAAGGUGGGCUUAACUUCUGAUAUAUUAUCACAAUGGUUGACUGUCUUGUACAAAUACGAAAGCUUUAGGGGGAAAAAAAUAUUCCUGAGAAGUUCCGACCUGGUAUAGAAAGUGACGCCGGUUCUCGAGAGGGUCCUCAGUGCUUUGCCACUGACGAUCGAAACGUUAAAAUAUUAUCAGAUGAAUAUAUUGCGAGAGGAUUGAAUUUAAGAAUACCAGAAGUAAAAAAAAAAAGUCUGGAAUUAGAAAAACAUGGCGGCUUUCUUAAAAAAA